UAUAUUCUCCUAGUUAAAAUGUUCCAAGAUUGAUGUAAGCCAAUUGAAUGGGUUCACAAUGCUAUAUUGUUGAAGAUCCUCUUUAUAUUGAAGUUCCAAGCAGUAUUGUCCUAAAAAGACAUUCGGAUAAUCAUCUUGCCUUGGAGAAUCCUAAAGAAAUGUGGGCAGACAAUUCACUGAGAACUUCAAAAAGGCACAAAUUCAACGUUUACCUGUACCAAUCUGGAGAUCAACACUCUAGCUUGCCCUAUGCUGCAAGAUCGGCUGUUGAGGAGAAGCACAGUAAUAAGAUAUCCUACCCGAGAGUAGAGCGAGGUAAGAAUAUCCUGAUGCCAGAGUAUAACUCCUUCAACGACCCCCAUCUCCAGCAGUAUUACAAAAACAAGUUCCAGGUUACCAUCUGCGGCGCGUUACCACGCUCCAGGCCAGUGUCACCUGCGGGCAGUGCACGGAGCAACAGGAGCGUAACCAGCAGUGGAGGUCAGGAGUACCAUGUUUCUGUAAAGACUGGAGAUGUGAAGGGUGCUGGAACCAACGCUAGGGUGUUUGUAACUCUGUACGGAAGUAAGGGGAAGAUGACAAAACGCCGUCUUCACAGUGAGAAUAACGACAUAUUCUCACGUGGAUCUGAGUUGAUGUUCACUGUGUACGGUCCUGAUAUUGGGGACCUGGUUAAAGCUGAUGUGGAGCACGACGGAAUAGGAGAGCAGCAGUCCUGGUACUUGGAGCAAGUAUCGGUGGAAUGUAACGGAAGAACCUGGACAUUCCCCUGUAACCAGUGGUUGUCUCUGCAGCGAGGAGAUGGCAAGAUAGACAGACAGCUUGUGCCUAAGGGCUCUCAAAUUAAGGGGCCAGCUAAGCAAGUGCCCUUCAAGAAAUUGUACACUAUCUCUACAAUAACGGGAGAUAUAAGGGGAGCAGGUACAGAUGCUAAUGUGUUCAUAACAGUGUUCGGUAAGAAGGGUAGAACACCCAAAAUACAACUCAGCAACGGUUCAGAUACUUUUGAGAGGGGCCAGAGUGACAUAUUCAAGAUCAAAACCAACAACCUCGACCCCAUCCAGAAAAUAAGGAUAGAACACGAUAACAGUGGGUUUGGGCCAGGGUGGCAUCUAGACAAAGUGACAAUCAGCUCGGAGGACAGCAAAUAUUACUUCCACUGUAACAACUGGCUAGCCGAUGAUGUGGGAGAUAAACAGGUUGUCAGGGAUAUUGCUGCGUCCACUGACCCUACUGGGGCUAGCGCUUGUGUGAAGUAUAUAGUGACGGUGGUUACGGGCGACAAGUUGGGUGCAGGUACUGACGCAGAUGUCUACUUACAGAUGUUCGGAGAGUUAGGUGAAACAGUAGAAAAGCGGCUGGAUAAUGCGCGCAACAACUUCGAGCGAGCCAAGACGGAUGUGUUCCCACUAGAGGUUCCUAAUUUGGGUGUUUUGAAGCGUGCUGUGAUCCGCCAUGAUAACUCUGGGCCUAGUCCUGCUUGGUACUGCUGUAAUGUAUCUGUGAACGAUGGCAAAGAAACGUACGUUUUUCCUUGCAACCGGUGGCUGGCAGAGGAUGAGGGGGAUGGCAAAAUACAAGUCGAACUGUGGACUGGUGAAGCUGCUGAUGAGCCUUCUGGACAAGGGGUUAACUACAUCGUAACCACCUACACCUGUAACGAAAGAGGAGCAGGUACCGAUGCGAACGUGCACUUGAUAAUGUACAGCACAGACGACAGUAGCAGUGGCAAGAUCGUCCUGAGAAGGGAUACUUUGAAUGCUUUCAAGCGUGGGAGACAGGACGAAUUCGAGAUUCAGGCAGCACCCCUCACCCCUCUAGACCGUAUAGUAAUAGGACACGAUGACUCUGGUUCUGCUGCAGGCUGGAAAUUGAGUAAGGUCACUGUGGAGUGUCCUUCUGCGGGGCUUUGUCAGACCUUUCUCUGUGACAAGUGGCUCGCUAAAAGCGAAGGUGACGGCUUGAUAGAACGUGAGUUGAGUGAACUACUGUCCGCUAGAAGAGAACAAGCCAAACAGUCCACCUACGAGGUGUGGAUUUGGACCAGUGAUAUACGAGCUGCUGGGACUGACAGCAAUGUAUCCUUACAGAUGUACGGAGAAACAGGGCAGACCGACGUUAUAUCACUCGACAACAAAUCCAACAACUUCGAGAGGGGAUCUCUGGACAAGUUGACAGUCAGUGCUCCUGUUGUGGGGGCUCUCUACAAGAUCAGGAUAUGGCACGAUGAUUCCAGUCCUGCUGCUGGGUGGCAUCUGGAUAAGGUCCAAGUGUACGAACCAGAGUCGGGGAGGAAGGCCCUCUUUAGAUGUGGACGAUGGCUGGACAGGGGUGAAGAUGAUAACGAGACUGUAAGAGAACUUCCGGCAGUGAGCGGAGGGCAAUACCCCACACCCUUACCUGUGGUACAGUACACUGUUGCAGUGACAACAGGUAAAAAAGCAGGUGCUGGAACUGAUGCAGACGUGUAUUUGUGUGUAGCAGGAGAGAGGGGGGACACGGGGGAUAGGUGGUUGAGGAAGUCUACUACUGGUAUCAACAAGUUCGAGAGAGGAGACAAAGUGAAACUAACUACUUCAGACGAACGAGUUCACGAUAUCAGCCGUAUCAUUAGGAGAGCUCCGAAGAUCAGGCUGGGACACAACAACGAGGGAGCAUCCCCAGGGUGGUUUUGUGAGAGUAUAACAGUCACUGGAGCCGAAGUUCAGGGUGGAGGGGCCCUGACUUUCCUAGUAAACAGGUGGUUAGCGGACGAUGAGGACGAUGGAGCGGUGAUCAGAGAGGUGUUUGCGGACAGUGAGGCUGCCCUUCUGAGAACGACUCUAUACAAGAUAAAGAUAAAACGAGGUGAUGUGAUGAACGCUGGAACUGACUCUGAUGUAUACUGUUGUUUAUACGGAGAUAAGGGGAAUACUGGCCAGAUCAAGUUACGAGAAGCUAUACAUACCAAGAACAAGUUUGAGCGAGGGAAAGACACAUUCGAACUGGAAAGGGAGGACUUGGGUAAGUUGGAGAGAAUGACGAUAGGACACGACGGGUCAGGCAUCAGCAGUGGCUGGUAUCUAGAUUGUGUGGAGGUCGGGGUCGCUGGGACCAUCUUUAUCUUUCCUUGUGAAAAGUGGCUAUCAAAGCACGAGGAAGAUGGUAAGAUUGAGAGGGAUCUCUACCCGGUUAAAGACUCCACAAAGUACCUUGCUAAAGUACCUUAUCAGGUCGAACUUACAACAUCUGAUAUCUCUGGCGCAGGAACUAACGCAGAUGUGUUCGUCCAGCUGUAUGGUUCUGAGGGUAAGGGAGCAGUAGUUAACCUGGACAACAAAUCAGACAACUUUGAGCGAGGAGAAGCAGACACGUUUAAGAUUGAGUGUCGGGACAUAGGAGAGGUUCACAAGCUGCGGGUGGGCCACAACGGUAAAGGAGCACAAAGUGGCUGGCACAUGGAGAAGGUGGUCGUCUACAAGGCCACCCAGAAACUUACACCUCAUAAUUCGUCCAGGAGCCUGAACGCUACGGAUGAAAACGGAGUGCCUAUAAGCUCUGCAGAAGUGAUAACAUACACUGUUUCGAUCCACACAUCUGAUGUAACGGGAGCCGGUACUGACUCAGACAUAUUCGUCACUCUGUAUGGAGAGAACGGAGAUUCUGGAGAACGAUCCCUUAGAAAGUCGGACAAUAUCAACAAGUUCGAGAGAAAUCAGGUAGACGUUUUCAACUUGUCAGCAGUAGAUUUGGGUACCUUAAGUAAGGUAAAGAUAAGACAGGAUGACAGUGGAACUAGUGCUGCCUGGCAUUGUUCCCACGUGGUAUGUGCAGAUGAAGGCGAGCUUGCUCCUGCUAAACAGCGCACCACAUAUCACGUGACAGUCUACACUGGUGAUCUGUUCGGGGCUGGUACUGACUCUGAUGUCAUGCUCCAACUGUUUGGGGCUACUGAAGAUUCUGGAGCAAUCCAUCUAAAAUCCUGCAAAUCUAACUCAAUCAACAAGUUCGAGAGGGACGCUAAAGAUUUGUUCUACGUGGAGUGUAUUGAUGUUGGGAAUGUGGAUUAUCUCAAAGUAUGGAAUGAUGGGGCUGGCGUGGGUAGUGAUUGGUAUUUGGAGCGCAUCAGUGUCGACAUACCCUCUCUUGGUGUCAAACGAACAUUCCCGUGUGAGGAGUGGUUUGGUAAGGACGAGAGUGACGGUACUUUGGAAAAAACACUCUACCCAGCUGUUGAAGCAGACCAGUCCUACAAGAAAAGCACAAGAUGGGAGAUAAGCGUGUACACGUCCGACAUAAGACACGCCGGAACAGACGCGGAAGUGUACAUCAACUUGUUCGGAAACAAGGGACGGUCAGGGAGAGUUGUCCUGGGGGAGGGACUCAAGGAUAGUGAUCAGUUCUUUGAGAGGGGCUCUGUUGAUGUCUUUUCUCCUGAGAUCCAGAUAUAAGGUAGUGAACUGAUAAAGCUGCAGGUAGGGCACGAUGGUAAGGGGAGAGGAGAUGGGUGGCACUGUGAGAAAGUGGUGGCUAAAUGUUUGGAUGAAGAUGAUAGUUCUGUUGUUUAUACAUGUCCUUGUGGUAGGUGGCUGGAUAAGGAGGAGGAGGACGGCCAGCUACAGGUUGAUUUGUUAGCAGAGACCGUUGUGAAGAAAACUGUCAAAGGAGAAGAGACCAACUUGGAGUCCAGCAAACUAAAAAACGAAUCAUACACAAUAAAAGUGCUGACUGGAGACAAGUUCGGAGCUGGAACGGACGCGAACUGUUACAUCAGUCUACACGGCACCCUUGGAGACAGCGGAGAGAGACAACUGUCCAAGAGCGAGAACAUGGACAAGUUCCAGAGGAACCAGGUGGACACCUUCACUGUGGACUGUGUGGAGUUGGGGCAGAUUUAUAAGAUUGUGGUGAGGGAGGAUGAUGCUAACAUGGGAGCUGACUGGUUUGUGGAGAGUGUCACCGUCGUUGACACCAAUAAUACCGAGAGUAGUUUCCCUUGUGAACAGUGGUUCUCCAAGUCUAAAGGAGAUAAGAAGAUUAAGAGGACCCUCUACCCUAAGGGCAUGACCAUGGAGCAGGUUGAAGCAGCUGAAAAAGGAACGAAGAAGGGAAUCACCUUGAAGGAAGUUGAUGGCAAAACUAUAAACGAGAACAUUACUGAGGAGGCUCCACAGACCGACUCUACCAAUAUAAAAUUUUUAGUUACAAUAGAGACAGGACCAGAGUCGGACAUGGGAACGGACGCUGACGCCUACAUAGUCCUAAAGUCGGGUGAGGAGAGCUCUGAGGAACUGAGUCUGUACCACACGGACGGGGAGGAGGAGUUUGUUCCUGCCAGGGUUCAGGAGUUCGAGGUGGAGAGCCAGGAUAUCGGGGAUAUCACCAGCAUUGUGAUUGGGCACAACGGGGUCCUGGCGAGCGAAGGGUGGUUUAUCUCGACCAUCAACGUCACGAUACCGACCACUGGGGCCCGGUACCAUUUCCCGUGUCAGCGCUGGUUGGCUAAAGAUAGAGGAGACAGGAAACUAGUGGUGGAGUUCAUUCCUUCCUCCGUCCAGGAAUUUGGAAGUAAGAUACCGCACGUUAUGAUAGUUUCUACGGCUGAUGUGGCAAAAGCUGGUACUGAUACCGAUGUUAUCGUCAAAGUUUUUGGAGAGAAAGGGUCAUCUGAACCGAUUACAAUAUCUAGCAACAAUGGAGUCCGGUUUAUGCGUGCCAUGACAGUGAACGUUCCGAUAGAAUUGCCCGACAUGGGGGCUUUAACCAGAAUAAGAGCUGAAGUCGCUGACCGUGGAAAUAACUGGCUUUUCGACAAGAUCACUUUGAAGAACAGUGAUUCUGGAGAAGAAUUCAUUUUCGCUAAUACUGAGUGGAUUGAGAAAGGUGGAUCUGUCGACGUUCCAGUUCAAAGCGAGGAUGUGAACACUGAUAAGGUCUUGUACAAAAUAUCGGUACAAACCUCCGACCUAUUUGCCUGUGGGACGGAUGCUAACGUGUCCACCAUUCUGUACGGAGAUUCAGGGGACUCCGGAACUCUGGCACUCAAGAACAGCUCCACCAACACCAACAAAUUCGAGCGUAACAACACAGAUGAGUUCGAGUUCUCUCUCCUUUCCUUAGGUACCAUAAAACGGGUCAGAAUCUGGCAUGACGACUCGACAAUAUCAGCUAGUUGGCACCUGGCCAAGGUUACAGUGGUGGAUACAAGUUCAAGCCAGGACUUUAUAUUCACGUGCAAUAAGUGGUUGUCGAGCAGGAAGGACGAUAAAAACUUGUCUCGAGACUUGAUGUGUGAUAAUCUUCCUGAAGAAGUAGUCGAGGUGAAGGAAGGAUAUGAGAUUAUUAUUAGCGUUUCAAACAAGAAGGAUGCUGGAACUAACCAUAAUAUUUGGGUAUCCCUGGAAGGCAAAUCUGGUUCGUCUGACAAGUUUCAAUUGAAGAAUAACGCGGGAAGGUUCUUCGACAAAUCCACCAAUGACCUGUUCUUCUUCGAGUGUGCUGAUCUAGGUGACAUCACUCACCUCAGAGUGGGUCUGUCUCCGAGAGAAGGUGUUGAUGUCGGGAAGGACGCCAUCAAACAGUGUCACCUGCACCAGGUGACAGUAAACAGAUCACCAGGGGGUGAGACGGAGCAUGUGUUUGUGUGUAAUCACUGGUUAUCUCUACCUGGAACUCCAGGUAGGAAAAGUUACCGGAAGUUGGCAGCUACGUCCUCGCAACCUGUUAACCCUGAUCACCCAGCCAGAAUCAGGUCAGCUCCAGCAGCAUCCUCUGCCGCCACUCCGUCUCUCACCACUUAUCAUGUGGAUGUUAAAACAGCAGACAAGUUUGCAGCCGGGACGGAUGCGAAUAUUUUCGUCAUCCUAUACGGAAACACAGGAGACAGUGGGAAACAAGCUCUGGUUGGAUCUGGUAAAAACCUGUUCGAGAGAAACGAGAUGUCUUCAUUCGAUCUGGAGAUGGCCGACCUGGGAAAGAUAGUGAAGAUGAGGAUAGAACACGAUAACUCGGGUCUAGGUGCUAGCUGGUGCUUGGAUCACGUGGUCGUUACUAACGUCACAUCAGGUGAUAAGUACACAUUCCCCUGUAAUCAGUGGAUAGAUAAGAAGAAAGGCAACAAAGAACUUUUCAGAGUUCUAUGGCCAGAGGGAAGGAAGGUGGAGGGUAGUGAACUUCAGGGACCAGAUGACCGGCCCAUUCUGGAAGAGUAGACUUUAUUAGUAUCUUAUAACUCAGAUAUGGAACAGACUACAUGUAAUAAAGCUCGCAAUAUCAAGAACACACUCCACUUAUAUCAGACAAAGACUACACUAUCGUUAUCUUAGGUCUGGACAAGCUGAAUCACAACGCUAUUUUCAGGCUGGUAGGAACUCUAAACCUCUUGUUAAUGUUCCUGCUCUCGCUGUUGAGUGUUAAAUUUAGUGUCCGUACAUUCGACGAAACUUCUAGAAAUUUGUCGUUGAAUACGUCAUUGUGGCAGAUCCAGCUAGAGGUUAUAUUUAAGCUGUUUUAAUUUCAUCCGUUUGAAUAAUGAAGAUCUUGAACCUUAAUAAUGUAAGUUGUAAUCAUGAUCAUAUGAUACAGUUUUAAACAUGGCUUCUCGUUGGGAGGCAAGGUGAGGUGAAUUUGAGUUUCUAAUGAUUGAAUAUUCUUUCAUUUUGGAAUGAAAUUUACAAAACUCCCACCAGUGGGCAAGCCAUUUCGUCCAUGCAUUAAUUUUUUGUUGCUAAUGAAAAAGAGUAAAUGUAAGUUGCAAGUACUCAAUUAAAGGGAAACUUUGCUAUAUAACAUUUUGAUCAGCUCUUUUGCUACAGAAAUACAAAGAAUAACGUAAAUGGAAUGUAUGCAUGGUUUUGUUUUAACUGUAUGUAGAAUAAUGUGAUCUUAAUGUAUUUUUUAUUUGUAUCUUAA